UCGAUUUACAAGUCAACCAUGAUAACACUCCUACACACUCAAGUAAUCGCGAUUGUAAUUGUAAUUGUAUCAAUUGCUAAUAGGAUAUCCUCAAAAAAUCCUCAUGCAAGCAAGAAUGGACGAGGAAUGCUCUUUCCACGAGACUCAGAAUCAAGACAAACUAAAUAUCUCGAUGGAAUGUGGGAUUUUAAGGCCGAUAAAUCACCCUAUCAAAACGAAGGGUUCGAGAACAUGUGGUAUGACCAACCGCUUUACAAGACAGGUGACGUCAUAUCCAUGCCAGUCCCUUCAAGUUUUAAUGACAUCACAGAACAUCGAUGGUUGAGGGACUUCGUGGGAUGGGUCUGGUAUGACCGACAGUUUUACGUCCCAGCAGCCUGGUCCUUCAUGAAUAAGGAUCUUCGAGUUGUCCUCAGAUUUGAAAGCGUCCAUUACUAUUGUAAAGUUUGGCUGAAUGGGUACGAAGUCAUGAGUCAUGAAGGAGGUCAUCUACCAUUUGAGAGAGACAUCACGCAUGCGUUAGAUUAUGGUGGACCAAACCGCUUGACAGUAGCAGUGAAUAACACUCUUUCUCGUCACACCAUCCCACCUGGGGAGACCAAGAUUGAAAAUGAUUUUGAAGUGGCUCAAGAAUACAGCUUUGACUUUUUCAACUACGCUGGGAUCCACCGUUCUGUCAUUCUCUACACCACCCCGGCAGUCUUCCUAUCCGACAUCACCAUAGCAACAGACUAUCUAUUCGACACCGGUAUAGUAAAAUUUGUGACCGAGGUGGGAGCCAAUGAUGACGUCACAAAGCGAGAUAUCACCAUGCUCUAUGAGUUAAUAAAUAAAGAGGGGAGACUGGUAGCGACUGUUGGUGGUAGUCAGUUGUUUGGUGGUGAGUUACGUGUGAGAAACCCUUCCCUUUGGUGGCCUGUUGGUAUGGGGUACGAACCAGGAUAUCUGUAUACACUUAAGAUUACUACAGUCACCAAGACAUCGAGUGACAUCUACCGUCUUCCAAUUGGCAUCAGAUCCGUCAAGUUAUUGAGAACCAGGUUUUUAAUCAACGAUGCGCCCUUUUAUUUCAAGGGGUUCGGAAAACACGAAGACUCUGAUUUUCGUGGACGCGGUUUUGACUACCCAACACUGGUAAAAGAUUUAAACCUUUUGACGUGGUUUGGCGCCAAUUCGUUUCGCACGAGUCAUUAUCCGUACUCUGAGGAAACAAUGAAUCUGGCAGAUGCGCUUGGGUUUGUGGUGAUCGAUGAAAGUCCUGCUGUGGGUUUUUCAAAACUGGACUAUUUCAACAAUCACACCCUUGACCGACAUCUUGACGUCAUGAGUGAGCUGAUCCAGAGGGACAAGAACCACCCAUCAGUCGUUAUGUGGUCCGUCGCUAACGAGCCCCUCUCUCAAUACGAACACGUAGCAGAGCACCUUAGAAAAGUUAUUGGAUGGACUAAAGAAGAAGAUUAUCAGCGAAGACCCGUGACAUUUGUAACGUACAUGAACCCCCAUGAAGGCGAAAAAGAAGACAUGGCGGUGAAGUACUGUGACGUCAUCUCGUUUAAUCGUUACUAUGGAUGGUAUACGUAUCCAGGCAGAACGAGAGAGAUAUCAGGAGCCCUGGAAUGGGAGAUGAGAGCAUGGUAUGAACGACACAGGAAGCCCGUCAUGAUAACAGAGUACGGAGCUGAAGCGCUUGCUGGACUUCACAGGGAUAGGUCUGUCAUGUACACCGAGGAAUAUCAGGUUGAGGUGAUGAAGCAAUAUUUUCCAGUCUUUGACAGUCUGAGAUGGGAAUUCCUUAUCGGGGAAAUGAUCUGGUCCUUCGCUGACUUUGCAACUCCUCAAGAUAUCAAACGUAUCGCCGGAGAAAACAGAAAAGGAGUUCUGACCAGGCAGAGACAACCUAAGGCUUCUGCGCAUGCGCUACGAAGUCGUUACCAGUCCAUAACACUCAAUCACUGCCACAGGUGUACUGGGGACGAGUUGUUUGAUUACCUUUUAAGGUAUAAGCUUACAAAACGUCAUUCGCAUGCUUUUGAGAAGCCAUCUCCAAGACUUCCUGCUCUGAUACGAGAAGAGAGAGUCAACACUACCCUCGACCGAUGAUCCAUUUUAUUUUGACUUUUGCACGUAAGCUACGCGAGCAAGGUCUCAGUAUGGCUUUACCAUCACGUGGUAGAGUUUCUUGUCAUGUGCGAGUUAGUAUAGCAUUUCUCGAGAUACACAUACGUAAACCAUAUGAGUUUCAGUCCGCCAUUUUGAAAUCAUGGCACAGAAAGCCUUUUGAGUGCACGUUGACGCGUUAAAACCCCUUUGAGUGGAAGGCCACCAUUUGAUUGUCAAUUAUGGCAAACCAUUUCAAUGCCAUGAUAACUACAUAACGGUUUAACAACUGAAUCUAGAGUCACGUGAGUUGUCGCACUCCUUCUCGGAAUAAUUCUUUAAUGUAAUUUUGUUUUCCAUAUAAUAUUUCAAACUUUUAUAAAUAAAAAUGCAUCUUUUUUUA